AUGCCUCCCCGGUUACGCCUGUCACUCCAACGGCAACCAUUGAGAUGCCCACAUGAACUUCGAAUCGCCAGGAGCGCAAGCACCGCAGCCCCGGCAGUCACCCCGGCCGCUCCCAUUGAGCAAAUGACACACUCACCAGCCCCGAUCGCACGAACCUCUCCCAUUCAGCCGCCAUCGCACCGCAAUCCCGAGAACCGCCGGUCCCAACUCCUGCGACAAUACACCUCCCUCUUCCGCACAUCUCCUCUCAUGGUGCUGUUCCAGCACAACAACCUCAAGGCCACGGAAUGGGCCUCUAUUCGACGAGAAUUGGCCAAUGCGUUGAAGAAAGUGGAUGAUAAGAUCGCCGCUGAGGGUCGGAGCGCUCCAGCUUUGGCUCCCCAUAUCAAGCUGCAGACCGUCCAGACCAGCAUCUUCGAGGUGGCCCUACGCAUUGUCGAGUAUUUCCGGCCCAACAAAGAUUCACUGGCCUCGGGAAAACCUCCUAGUGCCAUUGACCCCGUCACCCAGACCUCCGCUGAGAUUCCGGCGGUCUCGGGGGCGAAGGAUGACCCGGCCUUGACGCACGAUUUGUCUCGUACCGCGUACGCCGCCGUGAAGCGCAAGAAGGGAAAGCAUGAGCUCUCUAGUCUGCUUGCUGGUCCUAUCGCGGUUCUCUCUAUCCCUUCAGUCUCUCCCGAACACAUGAAGGCCGCGCUGUCGAUUCUCACGCCGAAAGAAGUCGGCUUCCCUGCACCCACCCGGAAGGCCAACCCGGACUACCACGACCCUAUCGUCCAGAAUGGUCUCCAAAAGAUCAAUCUACUGGCGGCUCGAGUUGACAGCAAGGUGUUUGAUAUCAAUGAGACCAAGUGGGUCGGCAGCAUCGAGGGUGGCAUGGAUGGUCUCCGCGCCCAGCUCGUUACGGCUUUGCAGGGAGUCGGAUCCAGCGUUACCAGUACCCUGGAGGGGGCUGGAAAGAGCCUUUACUUCACGAUGGAGAGCCGAAGGAGCGUUCUCGAGGACGAACAGAAGGGACCCGAGGGCGAGAAGAGCGAAUUGUCUUAA